CUAGAUGCCAGCCAGGCAUGAGCUCGGGCAAGAACGCCCGCUACAACCGCUUCUCUGGGGGCCCUACCAACCUUCCUGCUCCAGACAUUGCCACUGGGACCAGGAUGGAGACAACCUUUGGACCUGCCUUUACAGCCGUCACAACCAUCACAAAAGCUGAUGGUACCAACACAUACAAGCAGCACCGAAGGACACCCUCUUCCUCCAGCACCCUCACCUACUCCCCUCGGGAUGAGGAGGAAAGCAUGCCCCCCAUCAGCACUCCACGCCGCUCGGACUCGGCCAUCUCUGUCCGUUCACUGCACUCCGAAUCCAGCAUGUCCUUGCGCUCCACGUUCUCGCUGCCCGAGGAGGAGGAGGAGCCGGAGCCCCUGGUGUUUUCAGAGCAGCCUUCAGUGAAGCUGUGCUGUCAGCUGUGCUGCCUUGUGUUCAAGGACCCAGUAAUCACCACGUGUGGGCACACCUUCUGUAGAAGAUGCGCCCUCAAGUCAGAGAAGUGCCCUGUGGACAAUGCCAAGCUGACCAUAGUGGUGGGCAACAUCGCAGUGGCUGAGCAGAUUGGGGAGCUGUUUGUCCACUGCAGGCACGGCUGCCGGCCGAUGGGCAGCGGAAAGGCCAGUGCCUUUGAGGUGGACCCCCGUGGCUGCCCCUUCACCAUCAAGCUCAGCGCCCGGAAGGACCACGAGAGCAGCUGCGAUUACCGGCCUGUCCGGUGCCCUAAUAAUCCCAGCUGCCCGCCCCUCCUCAAAAUGAAUCUGGAGGCCCACCUUAAGGAAUGCGAGCACAUCAAGUGUCCCCACUCCAAGUACGGGUGCACAUUCAUCGGGAACCAGGACACGUAUGAGACACACCUGGAGACAUGCCGCUUUGAGGGCCUGAAAGAGUUCCUGCAGCAGACAGACGAUCGCUUCCAUGAGAUGCAGGUGGCCCUGGCCCAGAAGGACCAGGAGAUCGCUUUCCUACGCUCCAUGCUGGGCAAGCUCUCUGAGAAGAUCGACCAGCUGGAGAAGAACCUAGAGCUCAAGUUCGAUGUCCUGGAUGAGAACCAGAGCAAGCUGAGUGAGGACCUCAUGGAGUUCCGGCGUGAUGCCUCCAUGCUGAACGAUGAGUUGUCCCACAUCAACGCACGGCUGAACAUGGGCAUCCUGGGAUCCUACGACCCUCAGCAGAUCUUCAAGUGCAAGGGGACCUUCGUGGGCCACCAAGGCCCUGUGUGGUGCCUCUGUGUCUACUCCAUGGGAGACCUGCUCUUCAGUGGCUCCUCUGACAAGACCAUUAAGGUGUGGGACACGUGUACCACCUACAAGUGCCAGAAGACUCUUGAAGGCCAUGAUGGCAUUGUGCUGGCGCUCUGCAUCCAGGGGUGCAAGCUGUACAGCGGCUCAGCGGACUGCACGAUCAUCGUGUGGGACAUCCAGAACCUUCAGAAGGUGAACACGAUCCGGGCCCAUGACAACCCAGUGUGCACGCUAGUCUCCUCACACAACAUGCUCUUCAGUGGCUCCCUCAAGGCCAUCAAAGUCUGGGACAUUGUGGGCACCGAGCUGAAGCUCAAGAAGGAGCUCACAGGCCUGAACCACUGGGUGCGGGCCCUGGUGGCCGCCCAGAGCUACCUCUACAGUGGCUCCUACCAGACAAUCAAGAUCUGGGACAUCCGAACCCUGGAUUGCAUCCACGUGCUACAGACAUCGGGUGGCAGUGUCUACUCCAUCGCCGUGACAAGCCACCAUAUUGUCUGUGGGACCUAUGAGAACCUCAUCCACGUGUGGGACAUCGAAUCCAAGGAGCAGGUGCGGACCCUGACAGGCCAUGUGGGCACUGUGUACGCCCUGGCCGUCAUCUCAACACCAGACCAGACCAAAGUCUUCAGUGCCUCCUAUGACCGGUCACUCAGGGUCUGGAGCAUGGACAACAUGAUCUGCACGCAGACACUGCUGCGGCACCAGGGCAGUGUGACAGCGCUGGCCGUGUCCCGGGGCCGGCUCUUCUCAGGUGCUGUGGACAGCACCGUGAAGGUCAGUGGGAACCCGGGCGGGCAGCAGGGAAAGGUGUGGACGUGCUAA